GCCCAGGAAGUAAUCUUUGUUUCGUCCUGGUCGCCUUGUUGUUGCAUUCAAAUAUUUAAAUUAAUAGUUUAUUUAUGUCGAAGUUCGGUUUUCACAAAUAUUAUUGAACAUUAGGUUCACUGAAGCUUAGACACGGGGUUAGAUACAUGGACUAAGUCCUAAGCGAGUGUAGCUAACUUUCGGCACCUGAGUGAACUCCUGUCUGUCUUUGUUUUUGUUAGUUAGCCUUAGCAGAGCUUGAUUGUGCCGCUCUUUUACUCCGGCGCCGGGUUCUUAGCCGAGACGGCGGACGAGCUCCUGUUUACGAGGUCGGGCAUCGCUCCAAUGGGGUCUAAAAGGCGAAGGACCACUUCCCCGUCCAGUAGUAUAAGUGGAGGAGACUUUGAAGACAGUCAGACCUCGUCAGGCGUGGGAAGUGGCCGAAAGCGAAGGAGAGGCUGCAGUAUUCCCACCGUAGAUCCGAUUGCGGUGUGUCAUGAGCUAUACAACACUGUCAGAGAUUACAAGGAUGACCAUGGGAGACUACUCUGUGAGCUGUUCAUCAGAGCACCAAAAAGAAGGAACCAGCCAGAUUAUUAUGAAUUGGUGACUCAGCCCAUAGACAUGAUGAAAAUCCAGCAGAAGCUAAAGAUGGAGGAAUAUCACGAUGUGGACCAGCUCACAUCCGAUUUCCAGCUAAUGUUCAGCAAUGCAAAGAUUUACUACAAGUCUGACAGCCCAGAAUAUAAAGCUGCCUGCAGACUUUGGGAGUUGUAUUUGCGAACAAAAAAUGAGUUUGUUCAGCGAGGGGAUCACGAUGAUGACGAUGAGGAUGGCGAGGAUACGCUUGAUCACCCAGGAACCUCCACAGAAGAAGAAACCUCAGGCUCCAAUCUGAGGGAUGUUCUGGAUCAACUCCUGGAUUCAGUCGUUACUUACUCAGAGCCCUCAGGACACCUUGUCAGUGAACUGUUUCAAAAGCUGCCAUCCAAAGUGCACUACCCAGACUAUUACGCAAUUAUAAAAGAGCCGAUAGAUCUCCGAUCUAUAGCUCAGAGAAUACAGACGGGUUACUACAAAAGUGUCAGCGCCAUGGCCAAGGACAUAGAUCUUUUAACAAAAAAUGCUAAAACAUACAACGAACCUGGAUCUCAGGUUUUUAAGGAUGCAAACAGCAUUAAAAAGAUCUUCACUCAGAGAAGGAGUGAACUUGAACAUACUGAGCCAAUCAAAUCCAGCAUUCGCAUCAGAAACCGCAGGUCAGCACAGGGGGUCACCGCGUCGCUGCAGUAUGGCCCUGAGACAGACGAGGACACCCUUGCAGGCACUGUACGCUACGACGAAGGUGAAUCAGGAGCUGAGAGCAUUCACUCCUGCAUGGAUGUGAACAGCCCCAUCUUCCAGCUGUAUGAAGCGGUGCGCGGUGGCAGGAAUAGCCAGGGACAGCUGAUUGCAGAGCCCUUUCUACAGCUGCCCUCCCGGAAGGAGUACCCAGACUACUACCAGCAGAUUAAGCAGCCAGUCUCCCUGCAACAAAUACGGGACAAGAUGAGGAACAAUGAGUAUGAAAGCAUCGAGCAAAUAGAAGCUGACCUCAUCCUGAUGUUUGAGAAUGCUAAACGUUACAACAUGCCCAACUCUGCCAUUUAUAAGCGGGUCCUAAAGCUACAGCAGGUCAUGCAGAUGAAAAAACGGGAAUUUUCAACUUCUCUGAGGAGAGAAGAUGAAGAUGGUGACAGCUUGUUGUCUUCCAAUACUUCCGAGCUUGGCAGUGCCACGAGGAAAAGUCACAAGAAGAAUAUAAAAAAGAAUCGAAUGAAGAUUCUUUUGAGUGCAGUCAUGGAGACCCGGGAUUUGGCCAUUGGCCGCAGACUCUGCGACCUUUUCAUGGUCAAGCCAUCCAAAAAGGACUACCCCGACUACUAUAAGAUCAUCUUGGAGCCCAUGGACCUAAGGACGAUCGAGCACAACAUCCGCUCUGACAAGUACCAGAGCGAGGAGACACUGGUGGAAGACAUGAAGCUUAUGUUUCGCAAUGCACGUCAUUACAAUGAGGAGGGCUCACAGGUCUACAAUGAUGCAAACAUCCUUGAGAAGGUCAUGAAGGAUAAGCGGAAAGAGCUAGGUCCUCUGCCUGAUGAAGACGACGUAGGAUCACCCAAGCUGAAAAUCCGGAAAAGUGGAGUUUCCCCGAAGAAGUCAAAGUACCUAACCCCACUGCAGCAGAAGCUGAAUGAGCUGUACGAGGCGGUGAAGAACUACACAGACAAGCGUGGCCGCCGGCUCAGCACCAUCUUUCUGCGUCUGCCGUCACGUGCUGAGCUGCCUGACUACUAUGUCACCAUCAAGAAGCCUAUUGACAUGGAGAAGCUGAAGAGCCACAUGAUGGCCAAUAAAUACCAGGAUGUGGACUCCCUGGUCGAGGACUUUGUGCUGAUGUUCAACAACGCCUGCACCUACAACGAGCCCGAGUCCCUCAUUUACAAGGAUGCCCUGGUGCUGCACAAGGUCCUUCUGGAGACGAGGCGUGACCUGGAGGGUGGAGAGGAUGCACAUGUCCCCAGUGUAACCCUUCUCAUCCAGGAGCUCAUCCACAACCUGUUUGUGUCUGUACUCAAUCACCAAGACGAUGAAGGCCGCUGUUAUAGUGACUCUUUGGCAGAAAUCCCUGCCCGCGAUCCAGCCAACGCUGAUAAGCCACCCCUCAACUUUGAGAUCAUCCGGUCUAAUGUAGAUAAUGGUCGCUAUAAGAGGCUGGAUGUGUUUCAGGAGCACAUGUUUGAAGUGCUGGAGAAAGCAAGGAGACUGCAUCGAACAGAUUCCGAAAUAUUUGAAGAUGCUGUUGAGCUGCAGCAGUUUUUUAUCAAGAUCCGAGAUGAGUUGUGCAAGAACGGGGAGAUCCUCUUGUCUCCAGCCCUGAGUUAUACGGCAAAGCACCUGCAUAGUGACGUGGAGAGGGAGAAGAAGGAGAAGCUGCCCUUGGAGUUUGAGGAAGACAAGCUUAAGCGAGAGGAGGAGAGGAGAGAAGCCGAGAAGAGUGAAGACCCAGUAGGAGCAGCGUGGCAGUCAGGACUUCAGCGCACCUACAGCCAGGAUUGCAGCUUUGAAGACCGCACUUACCACGUCGGGGACUAUGUCUACGUUGAACCAGCAGAGUCAAAUCUUCAGCCCCACAUUGUCUGCAUUGAGCGUCUCUGGCAAGAUGACGCAGGUGAAAAAUGGCUGUAUGGUUGCUGGUUUUACAGACCAAAUGAGACAUUCCAUUUGGCCACCCGCAAAUUCCUGGAGAAGGAGGUUUUCAAGAGCGAUUACUUUAACAAAGUUCCUGUCAGCAAAAUUUUGGGAAAGUGCGUGGUCAUGUUUGUUAAGGAUUACUUCAAGCUCCAACCAGAAGGCUUCAGGCCAGAGGAUGUUUUUGUGUGUGAGUCUCGUUAUUCGGCCAAAACCAAGUCAUUUAAGAAGAUUAAGAUGUGGACGAUGCCAGUGAGCUCCGUGAGGUUUGCGCCUCGGGAUGUGCCCUUGCCAGUGGUUCGAGUUGCCUCUAUGUUUGCCAGUGCCCGAAAGCAAGAUCAGGAGAGGCCACCUGAGAUGACAGGGAAUGACAAAGAAGUCGACAUUUGCAGACUCAUUGAUAAGCUAUCAUGCGUACAGGAGCGAGAAGAUGUCCCCGUGGACGUGAGCAAUGGAGAACCUGGCUGUCAGUACUAUGAACAGCUUCAGUUCAACAGCAUGUGGCUUAAAGUUGGCGAUUGUGUCUACAUCCGAUCACAUGGCCUGGUGCGACCCAGGAUUGGCAGGAUAGAGAAAAUGUGGGUACGCGAUGGUGCAGCCUACUUCUUUGGUCCUUUCUUCAUCCACCCGGAGGAGACUGAGCAUGAGCCCACCAAGAUGUUCUACAAGAAGGAGGUGUUCCUCAGCAAUUUGGAGGAGUCCUGUCCUAUGACUUGUGUCCUAGGGAAAUGUGUAGUAUCCUCGUUCAAGGACUAUCUGUCAUGCCGGCCUACCGAGGUGCCUGAGAGCGACGUGCUGUUAUGCGAGAGCCGCUACAUUGAGAACGAGAAGCAGAUGAAGAAAUUCAAGGGACUGAAACGAUUCUCUCUGUCUGCCAAGGUCGUUGACGAUGAGAUCUACUACUUCAGGAAACUGAUUGUACCCCAAAAGGAGCCAUCUCCACUGCUGGACAGGAAAAUCCAGGAACUGGAGACCAAAUUUGCUGAGAUGGAAGAAGCAGGCGAUGAUCUGGAUGACCAGGGAGAUGAGGAUGGCGAUGCAGUUGAUGCUUCCUUAAUACCUCAGCUACAGACACCUCUGUCUGGCGACCUUGACAUCAUGCCAUACACCCCUCCACAGCUGACUCCAAAGACAAUCAAGGGUCUCUGCAAAAAGGAAGGAUCCAAACGAAAGAUCAACAUGAGUGGCUACAUCCUGUUCAGCAGUGAGAUGCGGGCUGUAAUCAAGGCCCAACACCCCGACUUCUCCUUUGGUGAGCUGAGCCGUCUAGUGGGAACAGAGUGGCGAAACCUUGAGGCCACCAAGAAGGCUGAAUAUGAAGAGCGGGCAGCCAAAGUGGUGGAGCAGCAGGAGCGGGAGAGAGCAGCCCAGCAACAGCAGGGCACAUCCCCAAGAGCAGGUACCCCAGUAGGGGCGCUCAUGGGGGUCGUGCCUCCACCAACCCCUAUGGGGAUGCUUAACCCGAACAUGACACCUGUGUCAGGCAUGAUGGGUGGUUAUGGCCCACCCAUAAUGCCCAUGCAGGGCCCUCUUGAAGGCAUGGUCGGCAUGGGCAACAUGCCACCACAUCACAUGGGGGUGCCUGCGAUGCCCCACCAUCCUCCGCCUGGUAUGCCCGGGUUCCCUGGCAUGCCAAACCCGGGUGUGAUGGGACCUGGUUUAAAUGCAAUGGCAGGAAGUCCCAGUACUGGAAACCAUUAUGGGCCACAGAUGGGAAUGGCAGGUACAGGUCAGCAGGCCCCACCCCCCUACCCAGGACAAGGUCAGCUGGGUCAGCCAGCACUCCAGCAGCCCUCAACCCCUAUAUUUGUUGCUCCACCACCAAAGACUCAGCGCCUACUUCACUCCGAGGCCUACUUGAAGUACAUUGAGGGUCUUCACGCGGAAACUCCAAGCAUUAACAAGUGGGACCAGACCCUCUCAGCCCGUCGGAAAGAUGUUCACUUGACCAAAGAACAGGAGAGUCGUCUGCCGUUACAUUGGCUGAAGAGCAAGGGAGCCCACACCACAAUGGCUGAUGCACUCUGGCGACUGCGAGACCUCAUGCUGCGGGACACGCUUAAUAUCCGCCAGGCGUACAACCUCUGAACCACUGGAACUACUUUCCCUGAGUUUCUGAACCCAUUAUUAUGGACCUGAUGUACAAGCUUCCCGCGUCAAGAGGUCAUGAAUUUCAGUCAUUUUUAAUGAUAUUUAUUUUGCCAUCAUUUUACAGAACAUGAAACCCAAGCUAAUUUAGUGUUUUUUUUGUAUGGUAGUAAACACCUUCUGUGGAUAGCUGGUGUUCAUAUUAAACAGAAUGACAGUU